UCUCUCUCUCUCUCUCUCUCUCUCUGGGAAAAACCCGAGCAGGAGGAGAGCAGCAGAAGGGGGGAGGAGGCGGACUCCUUCUUCUUCUUCCGAUACAGCGGCGGCGGCAGGAUAUUUAGUCAAAUAAAUCAAAAAAAAUAAAUAAAUAAAUAAAACACUCACGCACCAACCUCCCCCCUCCACCCCCCCCACCCGGUGAGGAGCGGCAGAGGAAGAAAAAAAAAAAAAAAAAAGCACACGGAUGUGCCUCCGAAAGCGCAGCGGAUACCGCCCUCCGGACCUUAUUAAUGCCAAGAUUGAGAGGUCCGAGGCAGAAGGGGGGAUGACAUGCAUGUGUCCGGCCUGCUAACAUCGCUGACGACUUGCGCACUAACCGACUGCCCGCCCUCACAACAUGACGGACGUACUGUACACAGGUCCGAUCCCGGCCGAGCGAGGGGGCGAGCUGGCCAUGGGGGGAGGUCGCAGCGAGACCUCUGCACUGAGCGGGACGGAAGGGGGGCGGGGCAUGACCACUACCCAGAAUUCCCAACGGCCCAACGCCUGCUGCUUCUGCUGGUGCUGCUGUUGCAGCUGCUCAUGUCUCACCGUCAGGAAUGAAGAGGAGAGAUGGAGGCGGAGCAGGAGGAAGAGAAUAUCACAGGACACCAAGAUGGAAACCAUACCAAACUGUGAAGCUUGCAGCAAACCCUCAGCGGAAGAGAUCCGGCUGUGGUCGCAGUCCUUCGACAAGCUGAUGAGGAACCCGGCGGGUCGAAAUGUUUUCCGGGAGUUCCUGCGGACGGAAUACAGCGAGGAGAACAUGCUGUUCUGGUUGGCCUGCGAAGACCUCAAACAGGAAAUCAACAAAAACGCCAUUGAGGAGAAAGCGCGCACCAUAUACGAGGACUACAUUUCCAUACUGUCACCAAAAGAGGUGAGUCUGGACGCCCGGGUUCGAGAGGUGAUCAACAGGAAGAUGCAGGACCCCACGCCUCACGCGUUUGAAGACGCCCAGCUACAGAUCUACACGCUGAUGCACAGGGACUCCUACCCACGAUUCCUCUCCUCCAACAUCUACAAGUCGCUCAUUCACGGCGGCUCGCGUACCUCCUCCGAGUCCUAGUCCCACACCGCCUCCACCUCCUCUUCUGAUCCUGCGCUUACGGGAUUGACGCCAGACCAUUUCAUCGCUUCUCUAGCACACUCCUCCAAGUGCAGAACUUUCCAGAAAUUAUCCGACUCCUCCUCAGUUCACUUCCAUGAAUCCCAAAUCUCUCAGAUUACUGCCAAGACUUUCUUCUCAUGUUUUGUUUUUUUCCCUCCAUGUCCUAAACUUCAGAUACUGUUGCCAACGUUUCCUCUUCUCAUCGUUCUCUCCAGUUGACUCCUCUCUUCUGUAUUCCUCAUGUUGCCUCUUUAAUUAUUUUUAAUUAAUCGUCCUUCUUGCUCUUUUCCUUUCUUUACUGUCCUGAUCUAAUCUAAUCUCUUCUCUUUUUCACUUAUGAAAGAGCCUUCAAAGAAAAUCAAAGCAUUACAAUAAAACAAGAAUAUUUGUAUGAAAUAGUUUAGUAUUAGUAAAGUUCUGUCAGAAAGAAUUCUAUUUUGUGUCAUUUGAACAAUAUUUUAAAGCUGCAGUAGGUAAUUUUUUAUAAAAAUAACUUGAAUACACAGGUAUUCGAAUGGAAAGGAAAACAGUAUUGAGAAAAUCUUAGUGCGGAAAAUUUAAUUACUAUAAUUGGAAUUAACAGCGCCUCAAGUUUGAAAGUAGAAUACGUCCACUAGCCAGUAAUUGAUUUCAAUAUGUAUCCAUGAAUAGAGGCUGACUGAUGAUGGACAUCAAUAUCUGAUAUAAAUACAUGGGCUGAUAUUGGUUUGAUUUGAUUAGCUUUUUCUGGAGCUUUCAACCGUCUUCAGUGUAUGGAGUUUGCACACUUUGAACGUUCUGAGCAAACUCCAUCCGCUGAGGAACAGUGUCCAGAAGGAACUGGUUCUAAAGGUCAAGAAAAGGUUAAGUAAGUGGACCUUCAGUUACUGAUACUGGAUUUUUGUCGCUGAUAACAAUAUUGAUAUUUAACAUACAAUUUUAAAGGGCCCCUUAAAUUAGUUUAUUCAUGAAUUGUGACCAUAAUAUUUUACAUCUGCUGUUGAAAACUAAACCUGUCCGUGCUCUCUGGUGGACAGACUUACAGACUGAUACUGAUACAUCCGCAGUAAGAUAAUAUUGGUCCUGAAGAUUUAUCUGUCUUGUAAUGGUUAAGAUUUUUUUCAAGAACUAACCUUUUUGAUCAAGUUAGAACUAGGGUCCCUUAUAUUUAGUUAACUAAUUACAAAGAUACAUACUGAGUGGGACAUUUUCAAAAUAACUGUAUACUUUUGACACUUUUUACUGGCCAUCAGUCAGGCUCUAUUUCUCUGCUGGUGUCAGUUAGGUUUUCGGCAACCACCCUGUCCUGUAGCUGCUGAGCACACUCUCUGCUUUUAACUUCUUCUGUGCUUCUACCUCUGUCCUUCUGUUCAUCUUUUCAUCCAAUUUUCUCUCUCAGAACCUCUUGUCCUCCCUGAUCUCUCCUGUUUUUCACCUCAGCGACUCCUGAACGGAGAAGGAAGUGGUCUGGAUGUUAUUAAGUAUUUCUUGGAAUAUCAUCUGCUGAUUACUUGGGAGAUUUGAAUGCAUUUUAAGGGGAGGAAUAUACACCCGUGCCAUGGAUUCUUUUUGUGGAUUUUUACCAAUUCCACCCCCCCGCCCCCCACCUGUGACCAUCCAAUCACCUUCAAGAGCCAAUUAAAGGGGGAUGUCCCUGACUUCCGCCCACCUCAUCACCUUGUUUUUUAUCCCACGGUUGUCUACGUCAGGACUGAUGGAGAGGCAAAAGAAAAAGACCGAUGCUUUCUGAUUCCUUCUCCUUCUUUCUUUUUCUCUCUUUCAACUGGAAAACACAGGGUGCUCCGUCCAUCCCCCGCUACAAACCACAAAAAAGUUUGUUGCUUAUGUUUAUUGUUUAUUUAUCCACUCUUGUUUGCUGGAUCAAUCAUUUCACUCCUGUGAUAAACAAACGGACGAACGUCACUUCCUUUCCGACUACUGAUUUACAAACAGACAAGACGUCUAUUUUUUAAGAGAAAACUAUAUGGAACAUUUGAAUUAUGUUGAUUUUUUUUUUUUGUUUGUUUAUUUGGUUUCUCCCACUCUCUCCCCUUCCUGGAUUUUUUGCAAGAAGAGGAGGAUUCCUCUGAGACUGUACUGAUUUCCACCCGACGCAACACCACAGACACCACAGACAGGUGCAAUAAAACACUGGAGUUUGGAAAAACAACACAGACACACAUUUACAGAAUUUGUCUUACUAUACUUCCUCGUCCAAAACAUAAACCCCCCCAGCAGGACAGGACCAAGUCCACCAAAAUAGCAUUUAUCUCUUUCGAAGUUAAAGAAAACUGUAACCUCAGACUCACUGUGUGGUAUUUCACAAUGUUUUUCUCAGUUAAGUAUUUAAUGCAUUGAUAAUCCACUCCCAUGCAGUUAUAAUAGAAAAUAAUGCAUUAGUCUAUUAGUCGAAUAAUGUUUUGGUGUUUUCUGCUACUUUAAAAUGUAACUUUUGCAAUUUGGACUGAUGUUAAAAUGUCUCUUUCAGCCCUUUUUUUACAUUUCAUGACUAAACAAUCAAAACGUAACUCAUAGACAAUCUCUAUCUUUUUACUUUAUGCAUCAGCUUUCAAAUUCGAAGCUGCACCAGGCAGAGAUUUUCAUAUUAAACUCCUAAAUGCUAAAAGACAAACUGAGGUCUCAACGGUUAAAUUAGCUCACACUGAAUUCGGUUCUCUGCACACACUGGAAGGAAAACUCCAGUAAGUGAAGGAGGAAAUUAUAAUUAACUAUAAUUAUAAUUAAACUAUAAUUUAUUCUCUUCAAAAGCCAGCAUUCAGUGGGAAAAUAUAGGAUCAUUUCUUUAUUUCCCAACAGCUAUGAACACAGUGCAGUUAUGCUGCUGUCAUGUCAUAUGGACAUUAACAUAACUAUUUCCAAUUUAAUAAUGCCGUUCAUACCAUCUAGUUGCUAAUAAAAAAAACUGCAUAAAUAUAAUAUACAUGGCUGAGAAUUUCAGUUUUUGGAAAGUUCCAAUAUAAAGAAAGUAAAAAGGAAGCAUGGCGAACUCAUAUCAACCACAAUUGUUCAGGAUAAUUAAACCCUGAUUUAGUCCCAUAGAAAAGCAGGCGAAAAUACGGAUCCCCAAAUUUAAAGUCAAAGUGGUCCUAAUAAGUAUAGUAAUACAAAUACACACACACACACACACACACACACACACACACACACACACACACACACACACACACACACACACACAAACACUCACUCACACACCAGGGUGGCCUACCUGGGCACUGCUGCUGCUGACCUCUGCCUCUGUGACCUCUCACCUUUGACCUCACCACUGUCUGUCGCCCACUCGGACACCUGCUCCUGAUUGGCUGCAGGAGGCUGCAGGGCUGAACUGUGGUUGGUCAAUUCAGGAAGGGGGGUGGGAGGAAAUCCCAGGUGCAAAAAAAAAAUAUAUAUAUAUAUAUAUAGAUAUAUUAAUGAAAAACAACUAAUAAAAAAUAUAUAGAGAAAAAAAGAAGAUAUUAUGUGAGAUGGGAUGCUUACACCCAGUGCUUCAUGGGAAAUGUAGUAUGAGGAAAACAAAUGUUUGUAGUUGUCUGCGGAGGCAGAAACGACAGAUUUAACAAAAAAAAAAGAGAUGCCUAUGUCUUAACCAGACUGGUCACUCCGAAUGCAUUUAUCUUAGUAUUGUUAAUGUUAUUUAUUUUAUAUUUUGUUAAAACUGUGAUUUUAAUUGUACAUAUAUAAACAGAAAAGCUUGAACAUCCAA